GUACGUUCUCGCGAAGGAAAAGCAAAAUCGGCCGAUGAUGGUUUUCCAAUCACGUGGUCAUCAUUUCCUGGAAGAGUGAUUCUCUUUGGCCUCUGAACACAUCCCGAGCCUUCUCCCCCUGUUCUCCCUCCCUGCCCUCCCUCCGCCAUCGCGCCCCUCCGUCCCCUCCCCCUCUGAUGUUUCUCUUCACCGCGGUGCUCAUCCUGAUGGUAGUCGCGUCCGCCCACCGCCACACCCAUCCCGCCCAUCGUAUCAUCACCACCUACCGGUCCUCCGACGAGCGGCGCCAUCCGCAGAGGCGGCGGCUCCUCGAUCGCAUCCACACCCACUACACCGACCUGAGAUCUGGCCGUGGUGAAGUGCGGACGGAGUACCUGCCCAUCCUCGGCAUCGAGAUCAUCGAGAUGGACCGGACGGAUGACGACGAGGAGGACAGGGGGGUGCUGGCGCGGCUGAUGGAGGUGUUGAUGGACGGGGGCGACGUCGACAGUGUGCAUGAGGACUCGCUGGUGCAUUUUGCCCAGGCUGGCAAGGUCAAACCGGCCCUGGCGAGGAACGACCCCAGCUUUGGGGACCAGUGGCCGCUACUCGGGACCUCCAAGUAUGGGCUCGAUAUGGCGGAGGCUUGGGGGCUCUUCAGGCCGGAGAGCCAAGACGAGUUUGUCAUCGGUGAGUGAGUUCGUGAGUGAGUGAGUGAGUGAGUGAGCUGGCUGACGAGAGUGAUGAGAGACACUGUGUGGCCGUGUGUUGUGUGUCUCGUGGGUGUGCAGGUGUGAUAGACAGUGGUGUUGAUCUGAGCCAUCCUGACAUCAUGAAGAACCUAUGGAGGAAUCGGGGUGGGCACUGGCACAUGCAGGGAUGCACGCCGCCAGGCUGAGAGGAAUGCAUGUGUGUGUGUGUGUGUGGGUGUAUGGGUACAGGUGAGAUUCCAAACAACGGGAGGGAUGACGACGGGAACGGCUAUAUCGACGACGUGUAUGGCUACGACUUCUUCGACGACGAUGGCGACCCAUCGGAUGAAGCCGGUGAGUGAGUGAGGGAGUGGGUCGAAGGAUAGUACUCGUGAUGUUUUUCUGCCUCCGUCUCUGUGCCUGCAAUGCCAUGCAGGUCACGGCACGCACAUAUCGGGGAUCAUAGCUGCUGAGGCCAACAACACGCGGGGCAUAUCGGGGGUCUGCCCGCAAUGCAAAGUCAUGCCACUCAAAUUCAUGGACGACACCGGUAGGUCGGUCAGGUCAACACACACAUGCACACACACACCGAGGUAUGUGUAUGUGUGGUGUCUGGCGUGUGUGUAUAGGGUACGGCUACUGGGGCAAUGCCAUCAAGGCCUUGGAGUAUGCCCUCCAGAACCGCGUCAAGGUCACCUGCAACGCCUACGGCACCUACACACCACACAAGGCGCUCGAACAAGCCAUUAAAAAGUGCUCCACCACACCACACCACACCACACGCGCCCACACACAUCCAGACCUGCUGUUUUGGUUGUGUGGCAUCCAUCAGGGCGGGUCAGAAGGGGAUGUUAUUUGUGGCAGCCGCGGGCAACGACGGCAAGGACAACGAUCGCACGCCGAAGCUGCCGGCCAGCUACACACUCGGCAACGUCAUCAGCGUCGCCUCCAUCGGCCAAACCGGCAAACUCAGCUGGUUCUCAAACUACGGCAAGCAACGCACCGAUAUCGCAGCGCCGGGCGAAGACAUCUACUCGCUCGGUAGGUACGGAACGAACACCCCUCCCCCCGGAGAGCAAGAACACUUAUUGGCAUUCCCCCCGCUCCGCCCCUCUCUGUCUGCAGACAUGGGCCGUCGAUAUAAGACGGAUUCCGGCACAUCCAUGGCGGCUCCCUUUGUGGCGGGAGUAGCAGCCAUGGUGUGGCUGACGGACCCGAAGCAGACCUACUCGCAGGUGAAGCUGCGGAUUAUGAGGUCGGCGAGGCGGAUCGAUGGGCUGAAGGUCAAGGCUGAGGGGACGCUGGAUGCGGCGGGGGCGCUGAUGCAGAGCGUCGACACGAGCGAUACCAGCAGGUGCGACUACAACGACCCUUGCCACAUCAACGCAAGAUGCACCGACACCAGGUAGGUGGGCUGGCAAAACCAGGGAGGGACGGAGAGGGAGGGAGAUCUGUGUGUUGUCGCCCCUUUUGCUUUGGCCAGCUCUGGGCCGAUCUGUCGGUGCGAGGAUGGCUUUGAGGGUACGCACACAAACCGGGAAAACAUGCAGGGGCCAGGUGAGUAUGUGGGUGCGGCGCGGUGCGUGUGUGGUCGUCUUGUUUUGUAGGCGACGGUUGGAAGACGUGUGACGACAUCAACGAGUGUGCGGUGGACCGGCCGUGCCACGAGAACGCCAAGUGCAUCAACUCGCCAGGCUCCUACAAGUGCCAGUGCCAAAGCGGAUUCACCGGAGACGGCGUCAAGAAAUGCGAACGUACGAACCGACCUUCCCACCCCAGUGACGCAUUCGCGCAUCUGUCUCUCUCCCCCUGUGUGCGUGUGUGUGCAGAGUUUAGUUUGUGCAGCAUAAGUCAGAUCUUCAUCCCGUGUCACCCCCUGGCCAUCUGCUACGGCCGCGGCUCCUUGGGCAUCCCAUUCUGCGAGUGCAGGGACGGCUUCAAGGGAGACGGCCGGGAGGAGUGCCUGGGUACGUAAUGUGCCGCUGGCAUGCUGGCACGAACACACACAGAUCUGCAUGGCAUGUGUGUGUGGAUGCAUGGGGUGUAGACGUCAACGAGUGUCUCGAGUACAACGGUGGCUGUGACCACGAGUGCGUCAACACUGUGGGCAACUUCAAGUGCAAGUGCUUCGAGGGAUACCAACUCGCGCCGAACAAGAAGGCCUGCCUCGGUCAGUGAGAGAGCACACAGAGACACCAGAGCUGAUGGAUGGAUGGAUGGACGGAUGGAUGGAUGGAUGGAUGGUCUUCUUAGACAUUGACGAGUGUCGUGAGAACAAUGGCGGCUGCGAGCACAUCUGCAUCAACGAGCCGGGCAGCUACCAGGUGAGUGACUGUGAACAACACGCACUCACCUCUACAGAGCGUCGCAUGAACGUGUCCGUGAUAUGUCAUGUUCCCUCCCUCUGUGUGUUUAUUCAGUGUUCGUGUCCCGAAGGCUACCGGCUAGCGGAAGACGGCAAGAGCUGCGAAGACAUUGACGAGUGUGCGGUUAACAACGGCGGCUGCAGCCAGGUGUGCAAGAACAAGAAGGGCACAUACGAGUGCCUCUGCGACCCGGGAUUCCUGCUGCAAAAAGACGGACGCACCUGCAAAGGCAAACCUUCUUUCCCCCACCCGCCGCUCCCACACGCACACGUGCAUCCCUCUCCUCUGUGUGAUGAUGAUUAUGAUUAUGAUGAUGACGAUCAGAUGUGGAGUGCAAAUCUCCGCCACGGAUUGCCCACGCCGCGAGUGUCUGCGAGAGCGCUCGGUCGGGGUCCCAGCCCAAGUGUGCGGUCAAGUGCGAGAGGGGCUUCCAGCUGGCAUACAACGACCUCAAGUGCGACACCAAGGGACGUUUCACAGGCGGCGCUGAAUGCGAGGGUGUGCUCAGGCACAGAGGGAGGGAUGGAUGGACGCACUUGUACGUGUGCGAGGUUUCGGUUUGUUCUGUUGUGUGGGGUGUGGUGUGCAGACAUUGACGAGUGCAAGGAGGAGAACGGUGGGUGCAACCAGAGGUGCGUCAACAAGGAGGGCUCGUUCGAGUGCGGGUGCUUCGAGGGGUACCUGCUUGACAGGCAGAACAGGAGGACCUGCCAAGGUGAGCAUGACACACAGACAGGCGUGACCUAGAGACAGGGACGCGCAGACAACCAUCUCUCUCUGCCUCUCUCUCUCUCUGUGUGUGUGUGUGUGUGUGUGUGUGGAUGACAGACAUCAACGAGUGCAUGUUGGAGAACGGCGGCUGUGAGCAGGAGUGCGUCAACACGGAGGGCAGCUGGGAGUGCAAGUGCUUCAAGGGCUACUGGCUCCACGACGGGGCCUGCAAAGGUACGCUCCUACCGACACACAGACAGACAGAGCCUUUCCUCUCAGCCUUAUGUGUGGCGGCUCUCCUGAUGCAGACAUCGACGAGUGUGCGCAGGGCAAGUGCGACCAGGGGUGCGAGAACUCGGUGGGCGGCUUCAAGUGUUCCUGCAAGGAGGGAUACACACUGGGAGAGGACGGCACGUCAUGCGUCGGUGCGUCACACCCGUGACCACACAGACAGACAGAGGCUGCACGUCUGACUGUGUGUGUGUGCCUGUCAGAUGUGGAGUGCGGUCCCCCGCCCAAAGUGGCCCACGCAGUCAAGGCUGUGGAGUGCUACGGCCGGUCUGCCACGGGCCCCAAGUGCGACAUGUCAUGCGAGCGGGGCUUCAUGAUGAGGAACAACACCCUCACGUGUGGCACAGAUGGCAAGUGGAGGGGAACCGCCGUCUGCGAAGGUCGGUCGGGUCGGAGAGAGGGAAGGAAAGAACCCCCAGACAUAGAUACACUGAUGUCGUGUCGUGUCGUGUGUGCAGACAUUGACGAGUGUGUGGAAAACAUCGGUGGCUGUGACCCGACGGCCGAGUGCGUCAACCUCCCCGGCUCCUUCGAGUGCCGGUGUCCUGACGGCUUCGACACCUCACGGGACGGCAGCUGCGUGGACAUCGACGAGUGCACCGACAGCAGAUACCCGGAGAACGGCGGCUGCAGCCACACGUGCAACAACAGGCCCGGCAGCUACUUCUGCAGCUGUCCGCCUGGCGAGGGCUUCUCCCUCAAAAGCGACAAGAAGCGCUGCACCUGCAAGCCGGGCUUCACCUUGGUUCCCGCACGGUCACGUGACGAGGAGGACCAGUGCCAAGGUGGGUGGGGGUGGAGGUGGGAUGGGGUGGGAUGACACACACAGCACAAUAAAUGCUGACUGGUAGAUACGUGGGUUCAUUCGUCUGUCUGUGUGCAUGAUAGAUGAGGACGAGUGCAAGGGGUGGUUUUCGCCGUGCAGCCGCAAGGCGACGUGCACCAACACGCCCGGCAGCUACAAGUGCGAAUGCAAAAGGGGAUACACCGGAGACGGCACCUACUGCAGAAGGAGAGGUACGCCACGCCACGCCAUCACAACAUCACUCACACACACACAGAGAGAGAGAGACACAAGACCAGACCUCUGUGGGUGUGUGUCGUCUGUCAUAUUAGAGCGAGGUCUUUCUGUUGAUAAUGGGAGGCAAAGUGUCAGGCCUCCUCCGAGGCAACUGCUCGCACCGUUGGGAAUCAUUCCACAGAGGGCGGCCAGUCGAGAAGAGCCCCAGCAGCCACAGCCACCAGCAGAGGAGAGUCCAACACGCCAGGAGGGCAACGGUGGCUUUCUGUCUGCCGCUGUGGCGGGCUAUGGUCAGCCACCGGAAGACAUCGACGACAGGGUGGAUGACGAUGCUUGUUGCGACGUGCUGUCUCUCUCUCUCUCGCCAGAUAAAUGAGCGAGGGAGGGAGAGGGACAGAGGGAGAGGGAGACCGACUCUCAGCACAGCGCGCCAAGGUCACGUGACGGCGAUUUACAGUUUGUGCAGUGUGACGAUGUGGAUGUGAAGGCGCGGAGGGGGAGGGGGGCGGGGGGCGGGGGAUGGAGGGCUUUUUGGGUUUGUAAGGAAGGACGUAGGGCUCUCUCUUUCUGUGACUUGUUGAUGACGUACACACAUACGAACGAUAUGCGACUGCAUGACUGCAUGAUGACUGACGUGAAUUGCAUGGUUGCGUGAUGAUAGUCAGUAAGGUAAGGUAGGGAGGGCAUACUGAGCGGAUGGAUGACGGGUGGAUGGAUGGAUGCGUGUGUGUGUGUGUGUGUGUGUGGCAGUCUGUGACACCAUGUAGCUAGCCGUUUCGGCAACAGAACGAGCAUCACCCCCACACCAACACCACACCACACCAUUUCAGGACGAUCGAUCUGGGUGGAUGGAUGGAUGGAUGGAUUUGCCCCUUUGUUUUUUCUUUUGAUGAUACAAGUAAUGGUAGGG